CUUGUGCAAGCCAUUUCUGACAGCGUCUACGUAAACAAACUUCGAGUAGGAGCCUGAAGAACAAAAAAACUGUUGCUUUUACGGAAUUUUUACAAAAAUGUCUAAACAAUUUGUUGGUUUCUCUGACGAUGACAUCUUCAAGAUCACGCGACAAACAAGCAGCAAAGAAAAGGCAAAGGAACUGUCGCGACCGCAUAGCAGACACCCCAAAGCACCGCCAGGCGCGGUGAAAUUUGUUCCGCCGCCUACCAUCGUAGAUAAUGGCAAUCUUAGCACAGUCAGUUGUGUCGACUCCAGCAUUUACCCACAGCACCCUAUUCAACAAGCCGUCGCCUUUAAACCACUCCCUCAAAUGAUAAAUGCUCCGGAGGAUGAGUCAAUCCUAGUGCUUCCAAAUCAGCCAGUAAAAAGUCGGUCAUUCGAACCAACUGUUGCUAGCACUAUGCUAGGCGCCACCGGCAUGCGGACCAAUGUAAAUGAGGUGCUAACUCCCUUCAAAGGUAUGUCGCUCAAGGAUUUUGAACAGCAGCGAAAACUGAUGGAAGAACAGAACAGACAGAAGCGGGAUAUUCUCCAUAAAGCAAUAGAGCAACAUGCUCAGAAAACAGCAGCGGAGGCGAACAAAAUUCAGGAGAUAAAAUCAGAGCUAACCCGGCUGGACUCCGAGCUGGCAUCGGAUGUGGCGAUUUUACGGAAACAAAUUGAUGCGGCAAGCCUACACUUUUCAAACGUUGAGAAAAAUUAUCUCACUAUAGAAAAUCUAUUUCUGAAAGCUAAGGUGGAGCUGCAUCAAGCGCUGGAGAAGAAAGAAAUGCUUACCGAACAUUUGUGUGCAAUCAUUUCCCACAACGAGGAACGAAAGGCAAGGCGUUUAUCCGAGCUGAUGGAAAAGGUAGGCAUUUCUGUGACCGAUGAUUUAGAUGACACAAUCAAUGGAAAUAGCUCCUGUGCGGCGGACGCCUCUACCGGACCCGGACAGGACGGCAAUCAAUCGACACAAAAUUAAACCCCUGUUGCUGGUGUUUUCGACGGUGUGAUACGGCUUACUAAAGUAGAGAUACACAUGACAAACACAUAACCAAAUCUGAUUAACAAAACUCAAUCUCGUAACAUUGGUCCUACAUCUGGACUGUGUAUUAGUACUUCCGAGACAAUAUUAUAUUCACGAACCGGGGUAACCUCUUGCCUUUAAUGCAUUUUUAACCAUUUUACACUUUUACUGUACGAUUUUAGCCACUGUUUCUCAAAUUGCAACAUGGAGACGAUAAACAACACACAAAAGCAAUGUUAGACUCUAAGAUUGUUCAGUACUCACGAGCGCACACUAAAGUAUUUGUAGGAUAUUGCAAUUUUUGAAAAAAACAUGGCAAGAAUGCGUCGCUAUUCUGAGCAGACAAUAAAAAAUAUUAUAAAUAUUUUCUACACCACUUUUACACUACAAGAGAAUGGUUUUCGUUUUCUACAGAAGAGAAGAUAUUAUCGUUGAUAGGAAAGGAAGAAAUUCGUGCAAAUUACACAGCAGUAUAUCGCAUGGUAAGCUGAUAUAUGAUGUUUCGAUCCAAAAGAAUCUCUAUUUAUGAUGUUAUUUAAAUGGUCUGCUUUUGUAACUCUUUUUAUACGAAUACAUGUUGUCAUUAAAAAUA